AUGAUUUUGGGAUUAAGUCAUUUGAGAGCGAUUCAAGCAAGACUCGAUCUAAGGCAGAGGAGGAUGGUAUUGCCUCCAGCUUUAGUGGGACAGGUGGCAGCAGUCACUUCAGAAAAGGAGGAGUUCGAAAAAUUCCUGGAGGCGGAGCUGAAAAAAUUCAGAGAUGUGCCAGGUGCGACCCACUUCCUGGUUCAUAAAAUCAGGCUGAAGGAAGGAGCUGAGCCGUUCCAACAACGUCCGUAUCCUUGUAAUCCACUUAUGCAAGCAGUGAUAAACGAGGAGGUGGACAGUAUGCUCAAUCAGUGGGUUAUUGAGCCGAGCAGUAGCCCUUGGAGCUCACCAAUUGUCUUGGUAAAGAAGGCUAAUGGAAAGAUGUGA